AAAAAAAAAAAAAGGAGGCUGGGGGGAGGGAAGCAUCGCAAAAGAGUGGGAGAGGAAGCAAAAAGCAAGCGUCCGGGAACCGGAGGCCUGCUGGAUGCCGGGUCCGCCUGUCCAGCCGCCCUCGGACACUGGACUGUACACGGUGGGUACCAGAAGCGAGACUCGGCCAAACACUGACCUAUCAGAGAAACCACAAGACAGAAGUAACCCUGUUACCAAGCUUAUGUGGAGUGAUGAACAUGCUUGCAAACCCUUCGGAGAAAGACAGGGAUCGAGGAAUGGAAAAUACCACCACCUCCAGCAGAAGUGUUGCAAGAACUGAUUGCAGGGGAACUGGAGUUCCAGAUGUUGCACUUGAAGGGCUCAAGUGUGAGCAGGACUUGCCUGUUUUUACGAAAACUCUAUAUACACAUAAUUUAAAAGAAGAUUUCUCCAUUUGGGCUGACAGUUCCACCAGGAUCUAUGGACUAACAAAAACCCCAACACCAGGUGGCCAUGGAUUUUCAUCACAGGUUGCAGCAGAUGGUUUCAAUAGUUCUGUUGAAUGCUCUUCAUCUUUGCCUUCAAGAGGAACCCCAGAUUUCAUUUACGGUCCAUUGCUAUGUUCUAGUAUGAUACUCUACUUUUCCACAGAACUCUUCCUGCUCAAGCUGAGAAGCAUGGCUAUAAUUUGCAAUUUUUGUUUUAUAAUAAGCUGGUGUUGAGGAAGGAGCUUUGGCAGUACAAGUAAUCACCAUUUCCACUGUCGAAAGCAUCUGGAAACUCAUCCCUACUGAUGGAAUUAUGGUGGCUUGUAUGCAGGCAUGGUGCUGGAGAAGGAGCUGAGAAUUCUACGUCUUGAUCCUCAGGCAACAGGAAGUGAACUGUGACACUGAGUAUAGGAGUGUCAUAGGAGACCACAUAGUGAACAUAGGAGACCACACCUACAAGUGACAUAUUUCCUUCAACAUGGCCACACCUACUCCAACAAGGCUACACCUUUUCAUAGUGCCAUUCCCUUUGGGGGCCAUUUUCUUUCAAACCAUGACCCACUGGAGCUAGAUUUUGGGAAUAUUACAAUACAACAAAAGGUAAAUUUAGUUUAAAAUUUAAGUUUAGAAUGGCUAGAAUAAUUCCUUUAUGGCUGUGAUAAUAUAGUGUCAUUAUCUUCUUAGAUCUAUAUUAAUUAUUUUCUUCCCUUAUCAUGUUCCCACAGCUGUCAUAUGGUAGUAAUACUUAUCCAGGAUUAGGGAUGAGGAGCUGUGGUGCAAAAAUUUUGACUAUAUAAGGGCAAUGGUUGGUGCAAGAUUCGAAUUCUGAACUACUAGUCUACAAGUCCCUUCUUAUCAGUGCUGUAUUGAACUGCAUGAAGCUUUUAUGUAAACAAAAUUUGAUGGCUUCAGUCCUUAAGCCCAGUCUAGAUAGUCAAAAUGAUUGAUUAUAGCAUCAAAGUGUGUCUAGCCAAAACUUUUGUUGUUAUGACUUUAUAUGGACAUAAAGUUUGAUAUUCUUUAAGCAUA